AUGGACGUCCGCCGACUCGACGACAUCAACGACGAGCUCUUAUCACCUGGGACCAAUGCACUCUUAACCGGUGAAUCGGUGGUUAUGAAGGUUUCCCCUCCGCCAGACACAUCGACCAAGUCGCGCCGCAUCCAACAAAUUGUGGUCGUCGGCAUGUUUGUAGCAUUCUUCAUCGCGAUUCUCGUACCUUUCUUGAUUCUGCAGAAGCACAAAGCUG